AUGAAAUUACGCCUUCCAAGCCUAAUAACUAUCGAUGCUUACAACACUCUUUACACUCCUCAUGCUUCAAUCCCCAUUCAAUACAACGAGAUCACCAGUAAGUUUGGUGUCUCCCUUCCUAUCAACCAACUGAAACUCAAGUAUGGUCAAGCAUACAAGCAGAUCAACUCUCAAUUCUCGAAUUACGGUAAGGCUGCAGGAUUGAGCGUCGAUCAAUUCUGGUACAAAGUGCUCUCUUCACUCUAUUCCGAUUUUCAUAAUAGGCUGGACUCAAUGCAGUUUGAUGCCAUGGUCAAUAACAUAAUCACAGCCUUCAAGAAAAAAGAGGCUUACAAGGUAUUUGAUGACUUUGUUGAUGUUGCUCAUUGGGCUGUCAAAGAAAAACAGAUACCCUUUUGUCUUGCAUCUAAUGCAGAUGCCGGCGUGACUCAUUUGGUCAUAGAUGAAUUUGGCAUGAGACCUUUUCUCAGCAAGAAUGAUGUUUAUCUUAGUUAUGACGUGGAGUAUUGUAAGCCCGAUCCAAGGUUCUUUGAAUAUAUAAUUGAAGAUCGAUUAAAACUUCAAGGAAUGACUAAGGAUAGUGCCAGUUAUGCUCAAAAAAGAGCCGAAUUGAUCCAAUUUUCUUGGCAUCUUGGUGACGAAUAUGAUAAAGACGUGGAAACCACACUAAAAAUGGGGAUGGGUGCUAUCCUAGUUGAUAGAGAUUACAGCUCAGGGUUCCUCAAGGCAAAUGAAACAGUUAAACAACUGGGAGAAAAAUGCUACGUGGUGAACUCGUUGACGGAGGUUCGAGACUUAUUUAAAUAA